AUGAGGCGAAACGGAUGGGGGAAAACAGAUGUCCUCGAUGACCCAAAUUACAUUCCGUUCGAGGUGCGUCCGGUCUUACAAAAAAGUGGAUUUCAUUGCAGAGGCGCUUUCGAUCGCUUGAUUUUCAGGAGCCGUAACGUUACGUGCUUGGAUUUCCGAUCUGGGAAGGUCGCUAUCAAAAUAAUCGAUACCAACACCGUUCGGGAGCCCUAUGUCAUCAAGAAUCUUACGAGAGAGGCUAAGCUCCUCGCCAAGUUGCAGCACCCCAGCAUAGUUUAUCUCUACGAAACUAUUCGAUGCAACUCGUCGUACUACCUCGUGACGGAACUGGCGACCGGAGGUGAUUUAUACACUCACAUUAGGAAGCAGCCGACCGGCCACCUCGACGAGUCUACAGCCAAAAGUUACGCGAGACAACUCGUCUCUGCUCUCAAUCACAUUCAUCUCAAGGGGAUCGUCCAUCGGGACCUCAAAAUGGAAAAUAUCAUGCUGAAGGACGCCCGGAAAAAGCACAUCAAAAUAAUCGAUUUUGGGCUCAGUAACUGGUCGACGGGAGCCAACCAUCUGGAAACUCAUUGCGGCUCGCCGGAAUACGCAGCCCCCGAACUCUUCCUCGAGGGCCAAAAAUAUGGACCGGAAGUCGACCUGUGGAGCUUGGGAGUCAUACUCUACGGAAUGGUGACCGGAGAACUGCCCUUUUUGAGCCCCCGCACUGAGAAAACUUCUGCGGAGGAAUGGCGCAGAAAACUCAUGACCCAAAUCUUCCGGGGUCUGACCACGUUGCAGGAGAAAAAAAUUUCAAGUGUGUCGAUGGACUACAAAAAUCUGGUUCGAGGGUUGCUCGAGCCGGUUGCCCACCGACGGAUCCCGAUGGUUGACAUCUUCCGGCAUCCAUGGCUCUACGAUAGAAACAAAAAUUCUUUCGACGUCGCUUUCCACACGAAGGACAAUUUCAAAUCGGAUGUUCUUCGAUCCAUUUUCCGAGAAAUCAAUGCAGCUUCUGGACUCACCGACGCAAAUAUCAACGAAAAAAUUCGCCUCAAACCCUACGGACAAAUCGGAGGAAUGUUCAAUAUUAAGGCGCACAAGCUGUUGGGAACUGGCUCGAUCGAUGUUUUCGAAGCCCCAUCCUCGUCGCCGUUGUCGAUAGGCCAAAAGAUCAGAACUGUCGGGAGAUUAUUGUCGAGGGAAUCGUCCUCGAGGAUUUCGAGUACCGGGGGGACCAGCAUUCCGAAUAAUUCGAGCGUAUCCAAUGAGAAUCGAUCUCAAAGCCCGACGUCGCGAACCGCAAAAAGGAGCGAGAAGAGCUCGGCCGGGCGAUCUUUCUCGAACUGCUAUUCGGUCGCUAGCUCCACUAGUGCCACGAGGACACUUUCUCACCGGCGUCGAUCAGAGUCUGAAAAAACCGAUGGAGACGCCGAGGCGCGUGGAGCAGCUGCAAAAAAAAGUACGAGCAACACCGUAUCGAUUUCUACGAGGCCGAUGACUCAGCCACUUAUUCUCGAGAGUCCUGCGCCUCAAUUAUCUUCUUCGCUUACCAAACCGACGAAUUAUUCACGCUACCGACCUUCCUGUCCCGGACCGUCGAUCCUGUCCCGAGAUCAAUCCUACGCGAGGCUCCGAAGAUCCCUCGAAAACAAGGACAAAAUAUAUCAACAACGUUAUUCCACUCCGGACGUCAGCACAUGCACGAAACCUACGGAAAAACAUGCUUCGGCAUCGCGAAUCCACAAGAUCGGAAGAGUCGUGAUGCCGAUGGUCUCGAAGAACUGGCAAAAUUCCCGACUAUUGUCAUCCGCUGGAAAAAUUGGAUCGAGGAACCUCCAGAAGAAUGAUAUUUUCAGCAGCUCGACGACCGAAAAAUAUGAGAAAUAUCAUGAAAGUGCGUGGAGUAAUUCGAGACUAUUGACAAGAGGCAAAACGUUUUUGUGGAAUAAAAAUACGAAAAACUUGGCGGAGGCUGCGACAAAGAAUUCUGUCAAAAAUUGAAUAUCAUUGUAAUGUUUGUGAAUGAAUAAAUGCUCGAGAUGUU